GCCAGUGAUAAGGAUAUAAGUGUUAUCUCUAUAUGUCACACGAGAGAGAGACGGAGAGCGUCAGACUGAGAGAGUGAGAGUGUGAGAGACAGGCGGUAGAGGCUUCGAGGAUUCAGAGAGAGAGGGAAGAAGAAGAAGGUGUUGCCCUAAGAUACUAAGGAUGUCGACGAUUUAUCGGCCACCGCCUCUCGGAGUCACGAAGGCCUCCUCUGCUGGAAAUGGUUUGAAGAUUGCCACCAUCAUAUUCGGCGUCAUAGGUUUUGUUGUGUGGGGCGUGUCCAUUGGUUUCAUGCUCGGGUGGGAUUACUCAGUCGGCGACUACUGCACAUCCGGAGGUGCUGCCAGGAUUGUGUACGGCUGGUAUAUAUCGAUCCCGGCCAACGUCGCCAUGAUCUACGUGACCGCCCGCAUCAUAUUCCUCAUCACGUCCCGCAGUUUCCCGAGCCCGGUGUUGCUGGCUGACCUGCACGAGAGUGUGGCGCGAAUGGUGGCCUUCACGGUGCUAAGCCUGACCAUGUGGGCCGUGAGUCUCACCUGGCUUGUGAAGUCCGACUGCCAGAAGAACAGCCUCUACCACGCGUGUAACUACGGCUUUGUGGUCAGCGCUCUUGUGGCUGGGCUAGCGGGAGGAUUGUGGACGACGGUCUCAGCGAAGUUCAUGGAUCCAACGGGCGCCGCAAAGUACAACGCCCUGCCGUCCCCACCACCACCACCACCGCAGCCACAGACACACUACAACCACGCCUACGCCCAUUACCGCUGAGGAGGAGGAGAAGGGGGAUGAGGUGUAGGAGAGAAAGAUGAUGAUGAGGAGGAGGGAGAGAUAGAUAGUAGAUGGAUGCAGAAAGAGAAUGUAGAUUGACUUAGUGACUGAUUUUUGAUGUUGUUGAUUUAGAUUCCUAUGUGAGUCUUGUAACAGAAAGAAAGAGAUUUACAUAGAUUUACAUAGAAAAUCAGACCACACAGACCCCAUGGUCCAGACUAGGUGGUCUGUCCUUAAACCUAAGUGAUUUUACAUUAAUCAGAUGGCUCCAAAACGUUGCUUUUCUACUCUUGUUAAUAUUAAGUUCAAGGAAGUGACGGUCGAGCUUGUUUUUAAAGGAGUCAAUCGUGUUACACUGGACCACUGAUGGUGGGAGCUUAUUCCAUUCUCGCACUACAACGUUGGUGAAGAAAAAUUUGGUGCAGUCUGAAUUUACUUGUCUACAAUUGAGUUUUGUGCCAUUGUUCCUCGUUCGCAAAGUGUCAUCGAUCAUAAACAAUUUUGUUCUGUCUACAUUCGUGAAACCAUUAAGUAUUUUAAAACAUUCGAUCAGUUUUCCUCGGAGGCGACGUUUCUCAAGAGAGAACAUGUUAAGGGUGGAAAGCCUUUCUUCGUAGGAUUUGUUGCGCAAGGAAGGGAUAAUAUUUGUUGCUCGACGCUGAACACCUUCUAGUUUAGCAAUGUCCUUUGCAUGGUGGGGAGACCAAAUCUGUACCGCAUAUUCCAAGUGGGGUCUGACUAAACUAUUGUAGAGGGGAAGUAUUACAUCUUUAUUUUUGAAUAAAAAGUUUCUUUUAAUGAAGCCCAACAU